AUGACAAAAUUGCAUGUUGUGAUGUGGAAGUACAGAAGAGUGCAGUGAGAAAUUCUACGUAUUGCACUCAUGUUUUACCUCCACGUUUUGCGAAAUGUAGCCUGAGUUUUAAAAGUUUCCACACACCACAGUAGGGAUACGUGGAUUCGUUUCGUUUUUGGAUAAAAUUUGAGGUUUUCAAGUGAAGCGGCGAUGAAGAAGAGCAAGAAAUUUACGAGCGGUGCGGCGAGCUCUGUCGUGGGCCGUGUCUUGAGCGUGGGGAGAUUUCAAGUGUCGGUGGAGGAUGUUAUUGCAGAGGGAGGUUUUGCUCUGGUGUUCCUGGCUAAAGCACGGUCUGGCAGGCACUUUGCCCUCAAGAGAAUGUUUGUCAACAAUGAACAGGACCUGGCAGUCUGCAAACGAGAGAUUAAAAUCAUGGCAAGUUUGACAGGUCACAAGAACAUUGUUCCGUACAUAGACUCAAGCAUCAUCAAGGGCAGUGCAGACGUCUAUGAGGUCCUUAUACUAAUGGAGUACUGCCGAGAUGGCCAUGUGGUGCAGCAGAUGAAUGAGAGACUGAGCACCGGCUUCACUGAACAUGAGGUUAUGAGGAUAUUCUGUGAUACGUGUGAGGCCGUGUCUAGACUGCACCAUUGCCAGACCCCCAUCAUCCAUCGGGACCUCAAGGUUGAGAACAUCCUUCUACAUCCAAACGGCAGCUACAUGCUGUGUGACUUUGGCAGUGCAACAGGCAAAGUCUUGGACCCCAAGCAACAUGGUGUACAGCCAAUCAAAGAUGAACUGGAGAGGUAUACCACCCUGUCCUACCGCUCCCCAGAGAUGAUUGAUCUUUAUUCAGAGAUACCGAUAACGACAAAGUCCGAUAUAUGGGCCAUGGGUUGUAUGCUGUACAAACUGUGCUAUUUCACCUUGCCAUUUGGCGAGAGCAGCUUAGCCAUACAAAGCGCCAACUUCACCAUUCCUGACAACUCACGCUACUCUAAGGAGAUGCAUUCUCUUAUAUGUUUCAUGUUGGAGGUGGAUCCUGACAAGAGACCAGACAUCUACCAGGUUUCCUACAUUGCAUUCAGGAUGAUGGGAACGGAGACACCUGUCCAAAAUCUCCAUAAAUCACCGGUGCCCGACAUGAGUAAGUUGCCUACACCAUUAACAGAGACGGAGUACCGGCAGCAGCAAGACACUCGAGCCAAGCUGAACACUAAUAGGAUAUCAGCCACACCUAUGGAAAUCAGUACCUCGGUAACGCCACGGCAACGACCCAAGCCAGGUCAGGCCAGCGCUGUCCCACCCACCAGUGUAUUGCAGCUGCCAAUCCCUGCUGCUAGGGGCCGUGGCAAGCCUGGAGUCUCCGCCCCUAACCAGGGGGCACCCGGUAACCGAUUGAGCCCUCAACAGAUGCAGCAGAGUUCCCAGGACCCGCAGCAGUUACAACAGCAGCAACAAGCUGCAGCAACCCAGCCCACUCAGGUGCACAGACACACCCCAACCCAACAGCAACAACUGCAACAACAGAAGUUACAACAGCAGCAGUUGCAACAACAACAGAUGCAGCAGAAGCAGUUGCAACAACAACAACAACAACAGCAGUUACAACAACAGCAACAGCUACAACAGCAGCAGCAGCAGUUACAACAACAACAAUUGCAGCAACAACAGUUACAACAACAGCAGCAGUUGCAGCAACAACAGCAAUCAGAAUCACUGAUAUCUGAGUACACACCGCAGCAGUUAGUGCAGCAGGCAUACUCGCUGCAGCAACAACAACGGCAGAUGAACGCGACGCCGCAAUAUCCUACUGGUGUACAGCAGCAGUUUGCGGGACCACAACGCCAUGCAUUUGUCCCAGUGAAUGCCAGCUACCAACAACAAUUCAGGCCACCUCAGUCUGGCUACGUGCAGCAGUACCCACCGGCUGCAGCGCAGCAGUUCACAAGACAACUGAGCCAGCAGGAAAUGCAGAUGCAGCAGCAGCAACAGCAGCAAAUACAACAACAGUUACAACAGCAGCAGUUGCAGCAACAACAGCAGCAACAGUAUCAGCAGCAACAGCAGCAGUUGAAGAUGCAACAGCAACAACAAAUGCAGCAGCAACAAUUACAGCAGCAGAGGCUGCAACAGGAACAACACCAAAAACAGCUGCAGCAGCAGCAACAGCAAAUGCAACAACAGCAGUUGCAGCAACAACAGAUGCAACAGCAGCAGCAGAUGCAACAGCAAUAUGCCCAACAGCAAGCACAACAGCAAGCGCAUCAGCAGCAGAAACAGCUGGCCGAGCAGCAACAGCAACAGCAGUUUUACCAGUUACAGCAGCAGCAGCAGCAGCAACAGCAGCAGCAGUUGUUUGUUCCCGCUGGCAGCGAUCGUUCUGCCUCGCCAGGCAAUGCCAGGCCUCGGAGUUUCCCAGGUCAGGCUCCGCAGUGUAACCCCUUCAAGGACCAUGGGGACUUUGCUACGCUGUCUCCGGACCAAGUUGUCGACAGCGAAUUUGACAUGCUCAGGAAAGUGGCCCCUGGUGAAGAACCACAGCGGUCAUCUGCUACGGAUAAAUUUGGGGCUCUCCCCUUCUCAUCCUCAGAAGGUAAACAAAGACCCAGUAGUGCAAUUGAGCUUGACAGCCUUUCCAAGCAGGGAACCAGCCAAUCCUCUGCCCAGCAACAACCAGAUCAUGUCAUCGACGAAUUUGGUGCCCGGCCAUUUCUCAGCCCUCCUGUCAACAGCCCCACGGAGAUGGUGGUAGGUCAGAGUCUUAGUAUAGCGCCCUCGGGGGACGCCGUCAGACCCCCCUCCGGCACUAAAGAGGAGGGGGGUCUGAAAAAGAAGGUGCCAGAUUUGGUUCUUCUGGGGGAUUUCGGUGACGAGAACCCACCUGCUGAGAAUCUGGACAAAGAACCCCAAGCGACGCUAGACUUCAGCAACCCCCAGCGGCAGCUUGAUGAGUUCGGUGCUGUGCCGUUCUCGCCGCGACGGAAGGUUAGUGAGUCCAGCAGUGAGCGUGAAGACAGGGCUACGGACAGCCUUCGCGACUACAGCUAUGAGGACUUUGACACACAGUCGCUGGAAACCCACAAGGACGAAGAACACAUACAUCGAGGACUGCUGGACAAGGGAGACACAUCAGAGGAGGACAGCGAAGAUGAUUCUGAUCAACAUGAGCACGAGGACACGACUGCCCUCACCUCACCUGUUCGUGAAGAAGAUCUCUCUGAUGCGGAGCUGGCUGGGCUUAACCUGCGGGAUCCUAACCCCCCAGUUGGGAAGCUAAUCGACAUGGGUGAAGAUGAUGACCCAUUCGGCCAAGCCCCUUUUAGGACUGCUACCCAAUCAAUCCCCCAACCACAAAUCUCCAAACCCAGAGGUGAGGCCCUGAGUUCUUGUACCCUGACCCCUCCGGUCUCCCCUCCUUCUCACAACAUCAAGCCAGACCCCUUUGGUGAAGCUCCUUUUGACCCUCGAAGCGUCCAGCGACAAGGCAGCCGCACAUCUUCGACUUCAGAGAGCUCUGAUGUCUUCUCCAAGGCUCCUUUCCCCUCCAAAAAGCGGCCCGACACCCAUCAAUCUGCGACCGGAGCCCACAAACCCAAGUCACAGCGUUCCAAUACAGACCUGUCAGCCACAGGCAACCCAACCCCGAUCUCCCCUACUGAGAUGGAACACUUAGGGAAGGGGGCUGUCAAGUCCCAGGGUGGGCCCCAGCAAGGUAGUGCUGAUCUCUUUGGCGCUGUUCCCUUUGAGGCUGUUGCUUCGAAACUUACUGUCACCGAGGGUCAAUCGUCAACCGUGCAGUCCCAUCAUAAACACACACAUGAUGCUGCUUUUCACAAGCGUCCACAUGUAGUCAGCACAGCAGGCGGUAUCCGCCGGGCAGGCCGUACAGCAUCUGGUGGCAGGCGUCGCCGUAGUGGCAGCAACAGCUCCAGAUCCUCUCGCCGCAGUAGCUCAAGUUCUGCCUCCAACUCGCUGAAGUCCAGCCCCGGCAGCCUGCCGCGUCAGAUCGGCUCACAGGAAAGCCUGGAUGCCUUCGGUUCCAAACCCUUCGCUGCCGAAGACCCAACCGCAAACCCCGCCCUGAACAAAAAAGUCCAGUUGUCUGAUGAUGAUUUCGCGCCACGGCCUGCCUUGGAUGAGUUGGGGAAACCCCCAUCUGGAGGUGGGGCAGGGGCGGAUGUCGAGGAUACUGACCCGUUUGGAGCUGUACCCUUCCAACCGCCUAGAGUUGUCGGUGAUAUUAAAAGGCAAGGUGCACAGAAACGGAUCCUGCCAAAAGCACCGCAGACUUUCCAACAGACCAGCCUGUGAUGAGCUCUGUGGUUCAGGUCAGAGGUGAAAGGUCAACGAAUGUCAGAUUAACAGCCCCCCAGAAAUGAAUAUUAUUGUUGAGUAUUUGAAGUGCUUGUAAGUGUAUGCUUUUUAAGUUAAUUUAAUGGCAGGAUUUUGAAUGUACGUAAGAAAUUAAGCAAUCUAUUAUGUAAUGUACCCACAAUUGCCAAAUUGGUGGUACAUUUGGAGAAUGUUGAAUUAAGAAUAAACCUGAAAUGAUUUAUUCAUUCAGAUCGCAACUAAUUUGCAUAGUAUUAUGAACGAGGCCAUGCUUUAGACUGAAUCAAGUAGUGCAACUACCAAGUUCUCAGGGUAUAAACAGAAAUAAAGUCCGCAAAUUGUUGAAGAUUAUUUAAUAUUUAAAAUAAAUGGUAAACAAAUUGAAGUACAAACAAGCUACAAAAUAUUCUACUGAAUUUUUGGUAUAUUUAUUUCUGUGUGUACCCAGAUUAGCAAAGCAGAACCAUUUCUUGGUCAGAAAUACGGUCUUUUGACAAUCACAACUGUGAAAAAAACCUAGGUUUUUUUUUAAAUUGUGGGUGUAUUCUUUGCAUAUGAUGUCAUCGUGAUGUCAUUUGCUGUGGAGUACGUCAUAUAGCCUACUUCGACCAAGUAAGAGAUAGUAACAUUAAUUUGUUUGUCAAUUCUCAUUCAGUUCUGUUGCGUGCUAACUUAUUGUGGUAUUUUACUCGGAGCCAAUGGGCUCCAUGCGUGAACUAGAGAGGGCUCUUUUAGACCAAUAAAGGAUCCCAGUAGACCUGACACGCCGUGUGCGCGUACUGGUUCGCGCACGUAUAGCGCGAAGUACACGCGACUUAUUUUAUUCUGAAUAUGCACAAAGCAGCAGCAUCUCCGCGUGAGCAGCAGGUGUCAGCAGGUGUCGUCAGCAGGUGUCGAAUGUCUCUCCCAGUGGUCUCCCCAAACUCUCCCCUUCAAACCGUUGAGGGGGUACAUGUGCAGGGAGCCCAUAGUAUGGGCCAAUUUCUCGGACCUAAUGAGCGCAGAAUAUCAGAAACUUGAUGGGCACCUUAUUUUUUCGGUUGAGAAUCCCCAUGAAAUUGAGCCAAUUCAUGAGUUGAAACUUUGUAAUUCAGGUGAAAUGUAGUGAAAGUGGGUCACUGUUUUAGGGAUUGUUCAUUGUUAGUCUUUUGCUUUACCAGCUUGCCAGUAUUUAAAUAAGAAUGAGUGUUUAAUAUGCAUUAAUUACAUGAUGGGAGUUGACCAUGAUUGGAGCUCCUUAUGAUUGUGAUUAUGCAUAAUUCAUCAGCGUAUUUAAAUUUGAUUUUAAUAGUUAUCGUGCUGCUACAUGUAUGUUUAUUAGUGCGUAGUUCAGAAGAGUUACGAGUUCCGUUCCGUUGGGAAAUUGUUAGCAUUCGUUUAUCUAUUUUCAUUUGAUUGAUUUACUUAGGCUUUUGUUUUCUGAAAUGAUGGCUGUAUGACAAUGGAAAUAUGAUAAAUAGAAUAAUAAAGCAUUUAUAUUCUCAAGACAAACAUUCUUAUGUUCCUGACAAGAAUGGAAAAUAUGAAAACUUCCUCAUCUAACUAUAAUUUUCAUUUUUUUUUUUUCAUUUUUAGUAGAAAGCUAGGGUUACCCGGAAUUCGUCCUUGUACAGAACUCGGUUAAGAUGUGUGCAUACAGGCAGAGUUGUAUGUGUGUUGCAAUUGUUUGUUAUUAUCGCACCACAAGCCUUUCACUGUGUAUACCUGCACCUAACUAGCAACAAAAAUAAAGUUUUUAUAUCAAAGAGAAAAGGAGGAUAUUUUGAAAGUGGUCACAGACAGUCACAAAUUGUGGCACUCGUUCAUUUAGUCAUGUACUUACAAAUGAACGAUGGUUAAUCGUGAAUUAAUUUAUUCCGUUUUCGUACAAGUAAUGAUUGAUUUUUAAUGUUCACUUAAAUGUUACGAGUACACAUUAAAAUUAGCUUCGGUUUAUUAUUAUACGUAAAAAAGGUUUGAAUUUAGAAAAUUAUUUAGAUAUUUCAAACUUUUAUUAAUCAGAAUGAACUUUAAUAGUGGCUUUUGGGGUCGGAUU